AUGGUUAAUAUUGUCAAUGAACUUCAACCAUCGUCAACUACUAUUGAACGUUUAACAAUUCUUGUAUUUAUUGCCGCCAUUGUUAUUGGUAAUUUAUGUGUAUUCGUCACAUAUUUUGUUCGUACAGAAGGAAAACAUUGGACACAUAUCUUUAUAUUGUCAAUGGCAUUUAUUGAUUUAUUCAUCGGCUCAUUUGUUUUACCUGUGCGAUAUAUGUCUGUUUAUUCUGGUCAAUCUAUCAAUUCUCGGCUAUGUGCUGCAUUAGCCAUUGGUGAAAGUUGUGCAAUCGCAGCUGUACUGUAUACUAUUGGUAUUUUAAAUUUUAUGAGAAUCUAUGAGACAUUCAGUCAAGCAUCACUCUCAGUGAAACGCUUAUUAAUCACAGCUAUUAUCCUUUUAACAUGGAUCAUUUUUUUCUUAUUCUAUGGUAUUCCUUACAUGACUAAUUACUCAUCUUAUCUUCAAACAAUAACGAGUAAUAAUAUCACUGAAUUUUGUGUACAUUACACAGUGGGUACCUAUCAUCCAAAAUGGAUGGAGAUUACUGAAAUGAUUGUUGUCUAUGUUAUACCUAUGUUACUGAUUCUUACAAGUACUGGAUAUUUAACACGUUUAUUAUGUAUACCGCGACCAAAAUUCCAGAAAACGGAAAAAACUGAGAGAAAAAAAUAUCAAGAAUCUGUUCAAACAACGUGGCAUGUUUAUAUUUUAUCUCUUACACUUUUAUGUUUAUGGUUACCAUGGAUUAUCUUGAGAAUAAUGUCCUUUUUUUACAUUAAUCAAAUUCAACAAGCUUUACAGAUCACCUAUUAUAUUUUAAUAUUUAAAUGUGUUUUAUUUCCAUUGAUGUAUGCUGGUACUAAUCCAUCAUUUCGUGGUUCAUUUGCUCUUUAUAGACAUAAACGAGUAGUAAUGAACAAUCGAGUUUGGGUGAUGAACGAAAAUUUUCGUCCCGGUAACUAA